GGGGGAGGCGAAGGAAGGUGCGCGGAGAGCAGAGCGGAUCGCGGCUUUUUCCACUACAGUAUAAUAAAAGUACCGCCAACACUCGCGCAGUGUAAACGGUGCGUGCGACAGGUGUCCCCACUGAGACAAGCCGGAACAGUACAAUAAUAAAGUACAGUACUCUCCGGGGGCGCUUUGGGGCGGCUCCGCUCGUGACGUCACGCUAAUCCUCGCAGCGGGGGAGCUUGUGCUGACAUGACGGGCUUCGGGACGGGGCACGCACCGAGCGCGCGCAGUCCGGGCACCGCUUCGUAACGCGACGGCGACGGGGGACUCGUCGGGAGAGAUCUGCGAGCGCAGCACGUGACUGCCGGAGCCCCCGAGCAGAACCGAGCCGAGCCGAGCCGAGCCGCGAUGGGCGUGGGGAAGAACGUCGCCAACGCGGCGCCGGAGGGAUCCCUCUGUGAUGGAGAGACGAGGCGCGGCGAGGACUCGUACCCCCUUUCGGUGCUCGCGAGCAGGGCGGUCCCGUCCAGAGUGGACCGGGACUCCGAGGACGCCGAGCUCAUGGCCACGUACCCCGGGGGGAGCGCCGCCGAGGACGAGGGCUCACUGUCGGAGACACUGGACAGCAGUGACAAUGCGCAGGCGCAGCGGCUGGACAUGAUCUAUACGAUUGAGGACACCCCUCCCUGGUAUCUCUGUGUGUUCCUGGGCCUUCAGCACUACCUGACCUGCUUCAGCGGCACCAUCGCCGUGCCCUUCCUGCUCACCGAGGCCAUGUGCGUGGGCUACGACCAGUGGGCCACCAGCCAGCUCAUCGGCACCAUCUUCUUCUGCGUGGGCAUCACGACCCUGCUGCAGACCACGCUGGGCUGCCGCCUUCCGCUCUUCCAGGCCAGCGCCUUCGCCUUCCUCGCCCCCGCGCGUGCCAUCCUGUCCCUGGACAAGUGGAAGUGCAACAGCACAGAUGUUCCAGUGAUGAACGGCACGUCACCGAUGCACACCGAGCACAUCUGGCACCCGCGGAUCAGAGAGGUGCAGGGGGCCAUCAUUGUGGCGUCGCUCAUCGAGGUGUGCGUCGGCGCCCUCGGGCUCCCGGGGUUCCUGCUCAAGUACAUCGGGCCCCUGACCAUCACCCCCACCGUGGCCCUCAUCGGCCUCUCUGGAUUCCAGGCCGCCGGGGAAAGGGCGGGCAAGCACUGGGGCAUCGCCAUGCUGACCAUCUUCCUGGUGCUGCUCUUCUCCCAGUACGCCCGCAACGUGCAGCUGCCCCUGCCCGUCUACAAGGCCAAGAAGGGCUGGAGCUCCUACCGCCUGCAGCUCUUCAAGAUGUUCCCGAUCAUCAUGGCCAUCCUGGCGUCCUGGCUGCUGUGCUUCAUCUUCACCGUGACGGACGUAUUCCCUCCGCGCAAGAACGAGUACGGCUUCUACGCCAGGACCGACGCACGGCAGGGCGUCCUGGCUGUGGCCCCCUGGUUCAAGGUUCCCUACCCCUUCCAGUGGGGUCUGCCCACCGUGUCCGCUGCAGGCGUCAUCGGCAUGAUGAGCGCCGUCAUAUCGAGCGUCAUCGAGUCCAUCGGCGACUAUUACGCCUGCGCUCGGCUCUCCUGCGCCCCUCCCCCGCCGACUCACGCCAUCAACCGGGGCAUCAUGCUGGAGGGGCUCUCCUGCGUACUCGACGGCCUCUUCGGGACGGGCAACGGCUCCACCUCCUCUAGCCCCAACAUCGGGGUGUUGGGCAUCACCAAGGUGGGCAGCCGACGCGUGAUCCAAUACGGCGCCGUCCUCAUGCUGCUGCUGGGUCUCGUGGGCAAGUUCAGCGCUCUCUUUGCCUCGCUGCCGGACCCGGUGCUGGGCGCGCUCUUCUGCACGCUUUUCGGGAUGAUCACCGCCGUGGGUCUCUCCAACCUGCAGUUCGUUGAUCUCAACUCCUCCCGCAACCUCUUCGUCCUGGGCUUCUCCAUCUUCUUCGGCCUGAUGCUGCCCAGCUAUCUCAAGGAGAACCCCCUCGUCACAGGCAUCGCCGAGAUCGACCAGGUUCUCAACGUGCUCCUCACAACAGCCAUGUUCGUCGGGGGCUCGGUGGCCUUUGUGCUGGACAACACGAUUCCUGGAACCCCCGGCGAGCGAGGUAUCCGCAAGUUAAAGCUCGGCUCGGGCUCCGGCGCGGCUGAGCUGGAGGGGCUGCGAUCCUACGACCUGCCGUUUGGCAUGGACUUCCUGCGCCGCCACCCCAUUUUCCAACACUUGCCCAUCAGCCCCACCUUCAGCGGCUACGCCUGGGAGGCAUCGGAGGGGGGCUGCGGGAGGCGGGACUGCGGCGGGAAGGGCGGGACCGCCGGGGACCCUCAUGGGGACAGUGAAGUAUAGCGGGGGGAUUGAGGCUCUUGCAGGAUCAGCGGAACUUCGUGCUGCUUUCCUUUCCUCGGCAUCCGAUACCUCACUUUUCCCUCCUUUCGGAUGAUGUGGAUGCAACAGCUCUCCAUGCUGCUGCUGGUGCUGCUGACGGUCCUCACUGGAGCAGGACCGCACUCGCUCCGAUCUCUCUGCUGCUUCUGCAGAGCUCCGUCUGCAUCCACGUCCAUUCUGUCUGUCCGUCCGUUUGUUUGUUUGUGUAAGAAAUGCAGGGCUAUUGCAUGGGAAGCGCUCAGAUGGUGGAGCAGCAGUGCCAGCGUAGCCCCUCCCUCGCCCCCCGCAGCAUCACCUGCCCGGCCAGGUGUCGCUGUCAGACCACGGACAGAGAGGCGGACCCCCCGGGGGGCACGGAGACAGGCCAGUGGACGAUUACACGGAAAUUACACGGAAAGCCAACGUUGUUGUGAUUUUCCUUUGCACUACUUUGUACCGCUGCUGGUAACCGGAGCCUCGGUUCAGUGACGGGAAGCCAAAAUUCGGUCGUUUUCGGGUUACUUCCUCUGCGUCUUUUCAAGCGAAGCGUGCAGCAGAAAGAAAUGCCAGUAACUGCGUAUUUAUUAGUUUUUAAAAUGAUAAAAAUGUGUUUUUACUCUUGUUUUGUGCCCUGGUCCUCACAGACACCCUUACAUGGAUUUUUCUUCCAGCGGGGUUCUCAAUUAUGCUUAAUUUAAUAGUUUAAGAAGCAGCGGUUUAUGUAUUGUUUAGGGCCGUUGCCUUGGAAACGGAAGGUUCCCAUUCUGAAUCCCCUCUUUGAACAAAGUACUGUAUUUCCUCUGAAUUGCUCCGGUAAGGAUACCCUGUUGUACAAAUGGGGAUCAUCUGCGGCAUCAUUGGAAAACGCGGCAUUGUGUGACAUUG